AUGGUUGAAGAAGCUUUCCAUAAGUAUGCUAAUAUCCAAUAUUCACGCAACGUCAACCAAUGGAAGCAAAAAUGGGUAGCAGGGAAGCAACCAAAGGGAGUGCACCAGGAUGUUUUUGAAGGGUUGAAGAUACACUGGAUGUUGCCGGACACUCAAGCAACAUCUACAACAAACUCGAACAACCGACUGAGCGACCGGAAAGAAAAGGGUAUAGCGGUCCACAAUGCCGGAGCUACAAGCUUCUUAUUCCGUGAGCAACAAUUGAUUGAACAAAAUGGUGGCGAGCCGGUCGAUCAUUUCUUCUUCAUGGAGGAUACUCAUACCAACAAGAAGACGAGCCAAAUUCAGGACGGUGUCGCAGCUGAGGACAUUGGAUUAGUGAAUUCGCAGAAGCAGGUCCGACUAACCCGACUCUCUGAAGAUGGAUCUACAGCUUCAAAUCCAUUGACUUUCGAUGAAAUCAACCAAAUAGUUAUUGAUGUAAGUUUUAGUACUCAAUUUUAUUAA